AGGAGAGAAUUUCGAGUGGUUGAUCACUGCUAUACACAAUGAUGCUGUUCCAUAGGGUCUUGCUUGUGCUUGUUUCCAGCCUCUGGAUAUUCUGCUCAUUCUCUGCAUGUCAGGAAAAACCACACUUACAGAAUGUCACAUCAAGCAGACAAGAGCCCCCUAAACAAGACCUGUUGGUCAGGACAGCUGAGGAUAAUGUCACCUUGCUGGAGGAGGCAGAGAAGGAACAAGGGUACUACCUCCAGCAGCUGUUUCACUUGUAUGGUGAAAAUAACACAUUGACUUACCAGGGGCUCACACUUUUACUGAAAAAUCUUGGCCUCGGUAAAGUACAGGUUGUGGAGAUAUAUCAUGCAGAACUGGGACAUGAUCACGUCUCCCAUCUGGAUAUCCUGGAUGUCCAGGAAAAUAGACACAAACAUGCCCACUCCAGCUUGGAACAUUUAUCAGUCUUUUCCACUCCUGGGGUAAAAAAGGGAACAGAGGAUGAUAAUACCAAGAGAAGGAACACCAGCACAAAUAUAACAACUACGCAACAUGCUACAAAGACUGAGUCAGAUCACAGCAAACCCACAGUGCCAGAUGGCAAAUUGGAUGGUGUAUAUCCGCAGCACAGAGAGUGGUUACACAGAGACAUACUGCAACAACUGCUACAGCUCCAUGAGUCGGAGAACACCCACCAGCAUGAAAAUUGUUUGAAUGUAACACAGCUGCUGCUAAACUUUGGGCUUGGCUGGGUGUCGGAAAUCACACCUCAGCAGUUCGCCCUGCUGUGCCCAGCACUUCUUUAUCAGAUUGACAGCCGUGUGUGCAUUAAACACAGCGAUCAGCUGAUCCAUGAAGAAACACAUUCCCAGCAGUCCCUGCUAAAAGUGUUGGGCUGGGGGACACUUGCUGUCACUGUGAUCAGUGCCCCGUCACUUCUGGCUGUAGCUUUUGUCCCACUUCUCAGACGUCCUCUCUUCCGCUACCUGCUCAGGUUCCUGGUAGCCUUAGCUGUGGGGACACUAUGUGGUGAUGCUUUACUACACCUCCUGCCCCAUUCUCAGGAAGAUCACACAGAACCUGGUCAUCAUAAUGACUCCCACCUUAUGGAACCAGUACUAAAAGGGUUGAGUGUGCUUGGUGGUAUCUAUGUACUGUUCCUCAUUGAAAACCUUCUGGGACUCUUGAGGCAGAGAAGACGCAAGAAACGUCCCCGUGUUAAAAAGCCUGCUCAAGAUGAAGGAUGCACCACUGUGUUAUGGGAGCUUGGACACCCUGUUGACCCUGAGUUUUGUGAGGCUUCUGGAGCACAGGCUGAUUGUCAGCAAAGACAUGACAUUCAGUUGGAUGAAACAGGAAGCAGCCGCCAUUGUCACGCCGGACACUCACACAGUGCUGCCAGUGGAGGCAUUGCAGAGUUUGUAUGGAUGGUUCUUCUCGGAGAUGGAAUACAUAACUUCACAGAUGGCUUGGCUAUAGGCGCAGCCUUUUCUGCUGGUAUAUCUGGAGGGCUAAGCACAACCAUUGCAGUAUUUUGUCAUGAACUUCCCCAUGAGCUUGGUGAUUUUGCUGUCUUGCUGCAGGCUGGUGUUCCAGUAAAGAGGGUCCUUUGCUUCAGUCUGAUUUCCGCAUUACUCGCAUAUCUGGGAAUGUUGGUUGGAGUUGUAACGAGUAGGAGCUCUGCUCAAGUCACUCCGUGGAUGUUUGCUGCGACUGCUGGGAUAUUUCUAUACGUGGCACUUGUAGAUAUGCUGCCCCAAAUGUUGCACCGUGAGAGCUCUGACCGCUGCCAAGGAAUGGACUGCAUCCUCCAGAGUGCUGGUUUCCUGGUGGGAUGUGGCAUUAUGCUGUGCAUUGCUCUGUUCCAGGACCAUAUGGUUUUUCUCAAUUUAUAGAGAAGAGACGGACAGUGGAUCUUCUACAUUAUUCAUGUUCUGUAACGGACAGUGAAAAGGUUUGGUAGACUCAAGUGGAUUAGUA